AUGAGCCAGCACAGAAAAUCGAAUAGACAGAAAUUAAUUUCAGAGAUCGAAGAUGAGGAGGAGGGGAGUGUGCAGGUUGGAGGAUUGAAGGCGGAGAGGGAUGGAGAGGGGGUUGCAGGGACAAGGACGCAGACGACGCAGACACCGACAAAGACUCCUACAAAGACUCCAACAAAAACUCCAAAUAGGCGUGGGAAUAGAAGGCAGCCUCAGAGUGUACCUGCGAAAUCAAGUCAGAUAAACUGGGAUAUGCCAGUGAAUAACCAGCAGCAAAGGAGGAAUGAACCGUAUAACUGGCAGGAGGUGUUGCAGACGUUACCUGGAGCUGGAGCGGGGGUAUCAGGUGUAUCAGCAGCACCACCUACAGCCCCAUCCUCAUCCACAACACCUAGAAAGAAAACAAAAGGGAAACAGCGCACGAAAUCAGCCAGUGAUGGGAUUUCAGGGUUGAAUUGGCAGCAAAUACAAUUGACAAGAAGCACAAACACGCCAAAUAAGCCAUAUAAUAGAAGACCACAUACGGAUAAUCCAAAUACAAAUACAAAUACAAAUCCAUACGCAGGUGCAGCAUUUCAUAAUUCACCUGCACCAGAUGAGUUGCCUGCACCAAAAUUCCUCAAGUAG